CUCGUCUUUCACUAUAUGCGGAGUAGUCUGGUAUAAAAGUAUCAACUCCAUGGUGCCAUUGCCUUCCUCUAUCCUAUGACCCAGAAUCCUUCAUCUCUUCCUCCAUUUCCUCUCAAAGGGAUCCUCAAACCCCCAAGUCCCCAAAGCUUCGAGUCUAACACGAACAUACAAACAACCAUGGAACAGGCAGACGCUGCCAUGUCUGAUUCAGCGGCCUACACUCCGCCACCGUCGGGCUUCAUCUCUGUCAACAGCAAGAGUGCAUCUGUAAGUUCUCUGCAUUUUUCCGGAAGUCCAUGUCUCUUGAUCAUGAUGAUAUCUCAACCGGAGCGUGGAUCAAGCAUUUCUGAGCACCUACUGAGGUAUGUCACAGACUCCGCGCAAGCGUUCCGCGCAACUUUCCACCGAGUCUAGUUCCCCCUCUCCCAUCUCUUCACCCAAGAGGGCAAAGACCAGGUCCGGCGGUGCCGACGAUGCAGACACCGAGACAGGCACUGAGAUGAAAUCUGAGACCGAGACCGGCGGCGCGGGCAGUAGCAGCGGCACCACAACUUCCCCUGAUUUGAAGACUACAACCCAGAGUCGCACCACCAAGGCGAAGCCCCAGCCCAAGGCUCAAGGCCCAUCCAAGACUGGCAAAGCCAUAGCAACCAGAGAGCAGGUCUCCGAACCAUCUUCUGAAGACGAGGAGGACGAACCACCCUCGGAAUCCGAAACCCCCAAAGCAAAGCUCAAGCCCAGGAUCAUCUUCACCCCCAAGAAGCAGCAGCAGACAGCGAUCGGCAAAGCGAAAUCCACCGCAGCAGGCACGCCUGGCAAGUCCCCGAAGACCAAGCUAGACCCCAUCCCCACCACCCUGGCCAGUGUCUCCGCCCCGGAUCGCCUCAUCCUCAUGAUGCGCGACGACAAGAACAGCAAAUGGACCGACAUCAAUGCCGCCUGGAAGAAGCAGACGGGUCUGACCGUCGGGCAGUCGACCCUGCGCAUGAGAUAUAACGCCAUGAAAGCGAACUUUUCGGCUUCCGCUCUGGCCAAAGAAGACGUAGGUCAUGUCCUGUAGCCAACCUCAGGGUGGAACCAGGAUACUGUAGGCAGACCAGGCUAACGCAUACCCUGACAGGAAGAAGCUUUUCUGCGCGCCAAAGAGUUCGUCGAAGCCAAGUUCGUGCAGGACAAAUGGCGUCUCAUCGCGGACCACAUGGAAGCUGCCGACGGCAAGAAGUUCCUGGCCGCAACUUUGGCGAAGAAAUGGAAGGAGAUCGAGAAACAGAACCGCAGUCGCCCGGCGGGUGCUUCGUCGGCCAAUACCUCGUCGACCGCUGCUACUUCUGUGGGUGGUCGUGCUAAGCGCGCUAAAGGGAAAAUGUCGUCCUCAUCCUCCUCGUACUUAGAAGAAGUGUUGAUUGAUGAUGGCAAUGCUGAUGAUGAGGAUGAAUGCGAAGACGAAAGUGAAGAGGAAU